AUGGCGGCGCAGGCAACGUACGAAUCGCGCGCAGCCAAGCACCCCAACUCGUGCGCCAAACAGCUUCUCGAGUCGAUUGCCCAGAAGCAGUCGAACCUCUGUGUGAGCGUCGACGUGACGCGCAAGGAGGAUCUCCUCGAAAUUGUCGACACGGUCGGACCUUUUGUGGCGCUCGUCAAGACGCACAUUGAUAUUGUCGAGGACUUUGACUGGGACCUGAUUGAGCAGCUGUCUGCUCUGAGCGUGAAGCACAAGUUCCUCAUCUUUGAGGACCGCAAGUUUGCCGACAUCGGAAACACCGUGAGCCUGCAGUACUCGGCCGGUGUGCACCGCAUUGCGCACUGGUCGCACCUCACGAAUGCGCACCUGAUCCCCGGCCCGGGUAUCAUUUCCGGCCUUGCAUCGGUUGGCACGUCGCUGCAGCGCGGCCUGCUUUUGCUCGCGGAAAUGAGCACCAAGGGCAGCCUCACGACCGGCGCAUACACCACGGCCAACGUCAAGGCGGCUAUGGAGGACGAGAGCGACUUUGUGAUGGGCUUCAUUGCGAUGCACCGCGUGCACGAGGACCCCGCGCACAUCCCGGAAGGCGCGACCGACGCGCAAAAGGCCAAGGACCUCUUGAUCCUUACGCCGGGCGUCGGCCUCGACGUGACCGGGGACGGCAAGGGCCAGCAGUACCGCACGCCCCACCAGGUCGUGCACGACAGUGGCUGCGACGUGAUGAUUGUCGGCCGCGGGAUCUACAGUGCGAUGCUCGCCAAGGACGUGGAGCGCGAAGAGGCGCUCGUCCAAGUGCGCCAGCAGGCCCAGCGCUACCGUGACGCGGGCUGGCAGGCGUACCUUGCGCGCAUUGGCGCUGCUCGUACGGGGCUGCACACCAAGGCGAAGCGCACCGUGCCCAAGGUCGAGGAGGAGCAGAUGACCGACGUGAAGGAGGAGGCGACACUCGAGCUGCCGGACGCGAGUCCGUCCAAGGCGUCGCCCCUUAAAAAGAUCAAGAUGGAGCUGACCGAGGACGAGGUGCGCAAGGUCAAAGUGCCGCGCAACUGGCGCGACGUGUACGAGCUCAUGGCCAAGCAGCGUGCCGAGAUCAUCACCCCGGUGGACACGAUGGGGUGCGAAGAGAACGGACAGGAGAACCGCCGCGCGGAUCGCGGCCGCAUCGGGCCGGACGGCAAGCAAGAGAGCCAGGAGGAGAGCGAGAAGCGGCUAAGGUUCACGACGCUCGUGAGCCUGAUGCUCAGCUCACAGACCAAAGACCCGGUGACGGCAGACGCGGUGCACAAACUGCAGACGACGCUGGCCAACGGCCUCAAUCUCCAGUCUGUCCUCGACGCCUCCGACGACGAGAUCCAGGCGUGUAUUGCCAAGGUGGGCUUCUUUCGGCGAAAGACGGAGUACCUGCGCCGCGUUGCUGUCAUUCUCAAAGAGCAGCACCAUGGCGACGUGCCGCAGACGAUCGACGAACUAUGCGCGCUUCCCGGUGUCGGGCCCAAAAUGGCCUUUUUGCAGAUGCAGAGCAUGGGGUUCAACGUCGGUAUCGGCGUCGACACGCACGUCCACCGCAUCUCGAACCGCCUGGGGUGGUGCAAGACCAAGACGCCGGAGCAGACGCGCCUCGCGCUCCAGAGCUGGCUCCCGAAAGAGCUUCACACAGUCAUUAACAAGCAAAUGGUCGGCUUCGGCCAAGUCGUCUGCGUGCCGGUGGGGCCGCGGUGCGAUCUGUGCUACAUCGGCAGGGCACGGCGAUGCCCGUCCUACCACAAAGUCGACGCCAAGUCCCUUGUAAAGCGUGUCCCAGUCCAGUACUGGGACGGGACGGUCGACGCGGGCUAUGGACGUGUGCCAAAGGUGAAGCAGGAAGCCAUCGACGCCGCCCCGGAAGACAAGAAACUCUCCGUAGCCAAAGAGGAGCCCCUCGACUGGUAG